CCAAUUUCAGAUCCUGUACACUGCCCUGGAGGACAUGGACGCAAUCAUGUUCCUUGCUGAGGAGGAGGAGGAGAAGAAGAAGUAUGUAAGAGAAUUACGAUUCUUAGAGUCGAGAAAACUCUCAGGACGAACGGAAAAUAUGUCUCUGGGAGGUGAACCUCAGUACACAGGUUUGGGCUCGCCUGUCAGACAUGAUAUUCAAGAAUGGAAAGUAUGUGAUAAUGUUGUCGAUACAGACAUCGAGGAUGGUUGGAUGGAGAAAGAAGACCUUCCAGAACUGACACGUUAUUUGGCAAACUUCGUCGAGUAUCACCAGACUGUAAUUGAUUUCGCUUCAGAUGUCAACAAAGCAGUUGGUCCGAUCUUUUUUGUCUGCUUCUUCGUUCGUCAAUUCCUAGGAUGCGUCACAUCAUUCCAAGUAGCACUGAUGUGGGGCCAAGACAAUAGUAUUUUAAAAUUUAUAUUUGGCUUCGUUGCUGCCAUGUGUUCUCCAAUGAUAUUCUGCUGGUAUGGUACAGCCAUCAUAGAAAAUAGUCGUGAACUACAGAAGGCUGCCUUUGAGUGCCAGUGGUAUAAGCACUCCAAAGCGAUGAAACACUUUCUGCUGAUGAUAACUGUACGUUCUCAGAAAGCUGUGUAUCUGUCAGGAUGUCAGUACUAUGUCGUGUCUUUGCAAACAUUUGGCAAGAUGAUGAAUACUAUGUAUGCCUACUUCACCCUUCUCAAGAACCAGUAUAAGUACUAACUACUGUCAGCCACUCUUCGAUGAAGUCAGUAAAACUUGCGAACAGUCUCUACAGUUGUCUACUUAUUUUUGGUUUCAGAGAUAAUUAUCCAUUUGCAUGAUUAUUCAAAUGCAGUGACUCAAGACUCAUACAAAUGGCAUAGAAACAAGCACAAAAAAACUUACACCAAAUGAAUACUAUUGUAAAUGGUAAAUGUUUAGAAAAGUACUCAUCCCAACCCCUUACACAUCUCUAUCAAACCAUUAUUAAUACUAACAGAAUAGACAGGACAAAACGAAACUGCCCACUCAUCUGUGGGCAUCUACAGAACUUACAUCAUUGUGAUCGUGUUACAGUACACAUAUUCAAGAACUUUCAGUGAUCAAUCUGUUACGUAGCCUAUGGAGAUUCCCAUGCAAGAAGUGAAGCCAAAACUUGUUGUUUUAACAUUUUAUUGCGUUUCUGUAAGAGUUUUUCUUACACAAAACCACAUCCUAUCCCCCAUACAUGCUGUAUAUCACGGCACUUACUUACUAUACAUGAUCAAAGUGUGCUGAGAGAUACUUUGUCUUGUCACAGGAUACUUUAAUCAGACUUCAGUUCGAUAUGGCAGUAUGAACGACCACCAGUGCAUGCCUGAACUCAGAUAUGGGAGUGACAGUGUCAAAAGGGAUAUCACUCUGUGUGUGUCUGUGUUUAUACAGCAUUUUAGAAAAGCAACCCACACAACAAUGAAACCAGAAGCUGCUCCCCCCACCCACAGCUUUCCUUGUGGCAGUCCGAUCAGUGUCUCCCUGGUUGCUAGGCUGCUGCUGUCUCCAGUCAAGCAUGGGGCCAUUCACAAGCAUAAUGUGUGUUAAGUCGUGAAUAUUACUUUGCAUUAAAACCAUUUUCUAUUGUUUAUGAAGGAACAGCAAUGAGUGCCCUGACAAGGAAGUAUGGCUGUCGUCUGUAAGCUUGCAUAUACUGUUGUCGAGUAGUUUAGGAUACAUUUUAAAUGGCACAUACUGUACAAUGUAAUUAUGCUCAAAUUUACUUUGCAAUAAAUAAUUAACCAUGAAAGGAUUAAUUUCCAGUUUUAGGGUACAAAAAUUCUGGGUACAUCAACAAAAUAGGAAAUAGAUGUUACAGAAUGUAAAAUUUUGAUCUUCAGAUUGUCACAAUUGUAAACAUUCAUAACUGGUCCUAAUUUACAACUGACAAGUUAGAACACGGUUGGGCUCGUAACUGUCAGAGACAACAUUUUGUAAUAUCUAUACACAUCCCUAAUUUAAUUAACAUUCUUUGUGCAAGAUGCAGUGAAGGGUCACAGAACAAACAGCUGAUUUACGGAUCCUCAUUUGAAGUCAUUCUCUCGUCUGAAUAUCCUAAUAACAUUCAGUAAGAGUAUGCAUUACGAAGCUGCUCAUUAUCCAACUGAAAGCAGCAAAAACUACAAUGCACAAGCCAACCAAAUCCGCUAACUCAACACUCAUUAAACAACUGUGUAGGUUAUACGUCAAAUUGCAGGAAGGCUGUGGAGCACAAACAGGAAAGAACAGAGGAAGAGGCAGUUGCAGGCUGUUUUAUGGCACUACCCCGAACAUUUACUUCAAAGUACUCGGGAACACCAUGAAAUUUGACUUCAAUGUUUGGUCCCGCAGAUGGGUAACCAAGCAACACACUGAUGUGCUUCAGGGACCUUGUCAGCACAUCCUGCUAAAUAAGCAUCACAUUCUUAAAUUGUCAUCACUCGUCACUCAUGGAGCUGAGCCCUCCUUGAGAAGACACCAGUUGUGCAGCUACUUAAGAGGAUUUAAAUGGCAUAUUAAACGAUUAAUAUGGUCUGUAACCAGUCAUUCAUGGUGUAUCAGAAUCCACUGAAAUAUCAAACCAUAACCAACCACUGAAAACUCACUACUGUUACCAGCGUGGGCUAGGAUGCACGAUCAUGUCAGCUACUAACUCCUCAGUAUACAUGGUGCAUCUCAUCGCGUUGCCUGGGACAUUAGCUUUCAGAAAUAAAAUAAACAGGAUUUGUCUGAACCAUCUCUGAAAGUACAUCAUACCUCAAGCAGGGAAUUUUACAGAAGGGAAAUCCAGUGCAUUCACUGGUAUCUCUGAUAUGAAUAUUUUGGAACCAACCAUGCAUUGAAAGUAGAAUUUGAUAGCUUUUUAAUGAUAUAAUGAUCUUUAUCACUAUCUGAUGAUAAUGCACCCUCAAAGAUAUUUUAUGCAUAGUAUAACCUGUGGACACUUAAUGAGGCUCUCUGUUCAAUGAGCCCAAUGCCCAGAAAAUAAAUAUCAAAGCUCCGCUUAAUGUCUUUGCAGCAGCGAUCGAGUGUACCUGAUUCUGUUCACAUGGCUGUCCUGUUACAGUCAAAUAUACAAUUCAAAUUUUGCAGUCUUGAUGAGUGGAUUUCAUCUGCUUAUCCGCAUACUUCUGCCAUCUUCUGGGAAUAAUCUGAAUUACGUUAGUUCCUACUCUGGUAACAGUUUAACUCAAAACUAAGUAUUCGUAUCUACAAUCUGUUUUUAUCACAUGCUCCCUGUUAUCAUACCACCCAUGAACCAUAUGCAGUUCUUCUCUGUGAAGAUGGUUCCGGAAACAGAUAACGAUGCCAGUUUUGGGGACAGUGGUAAAGAAUCAAAUUAAUAUCUCAGGUAGUGAACAUGAAAUAGCUGUAAAUGACUGAGCAAUGAGACAGCAAUGACAGAAUUUAAUAAUGCAGCAGUGAAAAUGUUAAACAAAAUCCGUUCAAAGUAAACAUUGUAGUGCAUCACACAUUUCAACAGAAAUUGUGAAGGUCAUUUCAACAUAGAGCAAACCAUAUUCUAGCCCGAUGACAGACUGAGUUCGAAAACAUAUAAAUUCUAUCUGCACUGAGGAUACAGAAGGAAAGUCCCACAGACAGUGGUGCUUGAAGCUUCUUCCUUUAGCCAUCUCAGGCCUAUGUCAACCAGUCCAAAGCAGUUGUCAGUGGCAAAGGUUAUAAGAGAAUGGCCACAUGUCUGGGUGGACCUGCUCAAGAGAAAUGUGGAGAGCACGGACCCAUGGGACUUCCUUCUGUGGCCUCAAUGUAGAGGGUUGUCACUUGUUGAACAGAUGGAAUUCAUAGUAGUAAAAUUAAAAGCCAUUUAACUGAAACUCUUUCCAGGAUAUUUAAACAUUCUGCACCCUUGAAAAGAAA